AUGCCAGCGUGUGACGCUGCGGUGAGGAAGGCAAUGGACUCCCUUGAUAUCUUGCGUCGAUUCAUCCUCGCUGCACCACCCGGCGAGCUUCAAAACGUCCUAAAGGCACUUCGUGUGGUGACAGGCGAUGACCACUUCUUCUUUGAGGUCAUUCCACGUCUUUGCAUGGAAUACCAUAUGCGUCAUUUGACACCAUUCACUAUGCCCGCUGUAUCUGUCGAGCGACACGAGAUCAAAGUGCAAUUUACGGAUCCCAACAAUGUUACCGUUACAAGCAGUAACCUCUCUUUCUUGGCUGGGCGGCAGAAUCACCUCGGGUCACGUAUAAAACACUUUGCUAAGAUACAUUGCCUGCAUGCUCGCAAUGUGGCACAAGACGUAGAAGAGUAUUUUCGACAACAGUGUUCAACGUUUAUCCCAAGAAACGACAAUAUCAAUAAAAAAAGUGGUCAAGACAUGGAAGUGGGCGAACGCGAUAGCGGGGCCUCUGACAACAGGCACUCACAGACACCUCAGCGACGGGGUGAGGUGCUGGUGGACCCUUUUGAUGAUAUUGUGCCAUAUAAAGGGUUUGACGAACUCAGCCAUGUUUUUUUUGAUGCGGCGCUGCAGAUGUACAUAGAGGUUGAUCCUGUGUCACAGAUUUCUUUGCGGGUUAUUCCGUUUACGUUGGAUGUAGCAUCAACAAUGCCAGAGGUGCUGCGCGAGAUUGAAAAGCAGGCCACAAACAUUCACAGUGGGCCUCUUGGUUACACCCGAUUUUUGCUACAACAGGAAGUUGCCCGCUACGUGCAGGCGUGUUUUGGGGAGGACGUGGCUACAGGGGCUGCUACACAGGCAGAGCAGAGCGCACUGGGGACACGGGAACGGUCUCAUCCAAUGGGUCCCGCGCGAACGCUUGUUGACAUUCACCGCACAGCCGCCGCCUGCGCAGGAAGCAUGGCUGUUCUACAGCCACAUUCUUACGGUGGCGGGGAGGAUUGCCUGUCAGUUGUCAUCGCGGUGGCGGCGGUGCGUCAAUUCCCGCGCAACAUGUGGUCCGGGCGCUGGAAAUCUAUUUUUGUCAUAGAGUGCACCACCAACUUGUCCUCGGAGGAGGAGUGGGUGUGUAUUAAGGGUGAGACGCAGGUUUAUGCGCACUACUACGAGGAUGGCAAUAUGCAUUUGGAAGUCGUGGAGGAACUUCCACCCACGCCAUUGCCCGAAUGGCCCGUGAACAUUUUUGCGGUUGGUGGUGAUAUUGUGGGGUCAGCUGACACGUGGAAGUUGUGCUCCGCCGUGAUGGCAGUUAUUCAGCAGCAUGAGCAGCGUAUCCACGACGCCGUGUUGAGGACAGCAAGGGACUCGGGUGAUCGUGCACUACAGACUCUUCGUCGACGAUUGCCCAUUACAAGACAGCUGUUCAAUUUUUGUCGCGGACAGCCUCUUCCACGGCCGAUGUUCACGCGUCCUGGGUGCGACGAUUAA